AUGGCUCCGAUUGCUGGUUCCAAGGUUCUACUGCUGGGCUCGGGUUUCGUCACCAAGCCUACCGUCGAGGUUCUGAGCAAGGCCGACGUCCAGGUUACCGUAGCCUGCCGGACUCUCGAGAGCGCCCAGAAGCUGUGCGAGGGCUUCAAGAACACCAAGGCCAUUUCCCUGGAUGUUUCCGACGAUGCCGCUCUCGACGCUGCCUUGUCCCAAAAUGACCUGGCUAUUUCCUUGAUCCCCUACACCUUCCACGCAUUGGUCAUCAAGUCGGCCAUUCGUACUAAGAAGCAUGUGGUCACCACUUCCUACGUCAGCCCGGCGAUGAUGGAAUUGGACGAGGAGUGCAAGAAGGCGGGCAUUACUGUGAUGAACGAGAUUGGUCUGGACCCUGGCAUCGACCACCUGUACGCCGUCAAGACCAUCUCGGAGGUUCACGCCGCCGGCGGCAAGAUCACGGGCUUUGUGUCCUUCUGCGGGGGUCUCCCUGCCCCCGAGUGCUCGGACAACCCGCUCGGCUACAAGUUCUCUUGGUCCAGCCGCGGCGUGCUUCUUGCCCUGCGCAACGCCGCCAAGAUCUACCAGGACGGCAAGCUAGUCAGCAUCGACGGUCCGGAUCUCAUGGCUACUGCCAAGCCGUACUUUAUCUAUCCCGGCUUUGCCUUCGUCGGAUACCCGAACCGUGACUCGACCCCCUUCCGCGAGAAGUACGAAAUCCCCGAGGCGCAGACCGUCAUCCGCGGCACGCUGCGCUACCAGGGUUUCCCCGAGAUGAUCAAGGUGCUCGUCGACACGGGCUUCCUCAGCGAUGAACCCAACCCCGUCUUCGACAAGCCCAUCGCCUGGAAGGACGCGACUAAGGCCCUACUCGGCGCCACCUCCGCCAGUGAGCAAGAUCUGCAGUGGGCCGUGGCCUCCAAGACGACCUUCCCCAGCAACGAUGAGCGCAACCGCCUCCUAGCUGGUCUGCGCUGGAUCGGCCUCUUCUCCGACGAGCCUAUCACCCCGCGCGGCAACCCGCUCGAUACCCUCUGCGCUACCCUCGAGAAGAAGAUGCAGUAUGGUCCCGAGGAGCGCGAUCUCGUCAUGCUGCAGCACAAGUUCGAGAUCGAGAACAAGGAUGGCUCGAAGGAGACUCGCACUUCGACCUUGUGCGACUACGGUAACCCGGCUGGGUACUCGGCGAUGGCUCGCCUUGUUGGUAUUCCUUGCGGUGUGGCGGUGAAGCAGGUUCUUGAUGGGACUAUCUCCAAGAAGGGUGUCCUUGCGCCUAUGUCCAUGGACAUCUGUGGUCCUCUUAUCAAGACUCUGAAGGAGGACUAUGGCAUUGAGCUGAUUGAGCGCACUCUGUAA